GCAGGGAGUUUACGGCAGGCCUCUCCAAAGGAAGGUACUUUGUCCCUCUCUCUCGGCCUCCUGCAUCUAGAGGCCCCACUUGGGAGGCACCGGGAGGCUGGACUCCCUGAAUAGGCUGGUCCGGGGCUGUGGUUGGCUGGCUCAGGGAUCCAAGGCACCAGCUGCAUAGACCCUCUCGCGUUCUCCACUGAAGCAGGGAAAUAGGAGCUUGAGCCCUCAGAAAGUCACUCACUUCCUGCUAAGAACACUUACUGCACACCUACUAUGUGCCUUGGUGCUAGCAGCAGGGACAGGGAUGAAGAAGGCACUCAAGAGCCAUUGCCUGGAGGGGAAUCCAGCCCAAAACUCAAUGCUGGCCGUGAAACAGGACAACAAGGCUAACGCGGACCCCAAGCCACUCCUCACCUGAGCAGGAUGAGAGCAUCAGAUCUGCUUCGCAUCCUGGCCCUCAUCUUUGUCCUGAUUACCUCAUGGAUCUUUAUUUAUGGCUAUUUCAGCUUCAGCAAGAGAACCAUCGGUCUGCCCCGCUGGCUGGGUUCAGACUCCAAGAAGAUCCGGGUCGUGAAGUACAAGUGUAGCCUCAGCAAGCCCUGCGCAGACGACUUCUUUGCGUUUAAAAUCUGCAGCGGGGCCGCCAACGUCGUGGGCCCCUCCAUAUGCUUCGAAGACCACAUGAUCAUGAGUCCUGUGAAAAACAAUGUGGGCAGAGGCCUGAACAUCGCCCUGGUGAACGGAACCACGGGAAUGGUGCUGAAACAGGACUGUUUCGACAUGUACUCUGGAGAUGUUCAGCUCCUGGUGAAAUUCCUUAAAGAAAUUCCAGAGGGCAUGCUGGUGCUCGUGGCCUCCUUUGAUGACCCAGGGACCAAAAUGAAUGAUGAAAUCAGAGCAUUCUUCUCCAAGUUGGGCAGCUCCUACGCAAAACAACUGGGCUUCCGGGACAGCUGGAUCUUCUUAGGGGCCAAAGACAUCAAGAAUAAGAGCCCUUUUGAGCAGUUCUUAAAGAACAACCCAGACACGAAUAAAUACGAUGGCUGGCCGGAGAUGCUAGAGCUGGAGGGCUGUGUGCCCCGGAAGGUUUUCUAGGGUGCUUGUGGCUCUUCCUGGGUUGCUGUGAGCUGGACUGCCAGAAGCUGAAGGACCGUGGAGGAAGAGAAGGGAGCAGGAGCCACAGCAUGGAAAGUGCUGAAGGUCCCCAUAGAGACCGGAAACAAAACCCUCCCAUGGACUAAGACAUCCUUCCUGGAGGUGGCCAGCCUCAGAGGGUCCUUCUGGAGCAGGUGGUCUAUGGAGAGAGCAGGUGUGUUUUCCCUCAGGAAAUGCUGACUCACCCCCGAGAGAAGAUGGACUGCUCCCACCUGGGUACAAUUAAAUUUUAUUUUUGCUGAUUUUGAAUGAA